UUCGUUGUAAGAUCAUUGUAAGAAUCAAUCUUCCAACUCUCACGCAUCCUUCACAAUGGCAGCAAGACCAUACGAAUCCAAGCUGGCAAUCGUCACCGGUGCCUCUCGAGGCAUCGGCGCCGCCGUCGCCAAAAGACUCGCAGCCAAAGGCUGCAAUCUUCUCCUAGCAUUCACAUCCGACUCCUCACGAGUCCCGACAGCACAGUUGGGCUCGGACCUCUCCGCUAUGCACCAAAUCAAAUGCACGUCCGUGCAGGCCGACCUAGGAAACCCGACAAGCGCAGCAUGCGCCAUCCUCGACGCGGCGCGCCGUUUCUUCUUCUCCUACAGCCCGGCCGACUCGACCUUCCGCGUCGACAUCCUUAUCAACAAUGCCGGGGUCGCGUCGAACCAGUUCCUGAACGAUAGCAAGCAGGGCGCGAUCGAUGAGGCGGAAUUCAACCGUGUCUAUGCAGUCAACGUGCUGGCACCGUUGCUGCUCACGCAAGCCGUGGCACCGCAUCUGCCCACGAACCGCUCCGGGAGGAUUGUCAACGUAUCCAGUGUGUCUUCGUCGAUCGGGUGCGAGGGCCAGUCAGUGUAUGCGGGGAGUAAGGCGGCGCUGGAGGCUAUGACGCGCACUUGGAGUCGCGAGCUGGCUGGUCGGGCUACCGUGAAUGCUGUUAAUCCCGGUCCUGCGUGGGGCGACAUGUAUGCGCAGGCUGGGCCGGCGUUUUGGCAGAUCAACCAGCCCUACGUUGAUGCGGCGCCGUUGGCGAAGUACGAGCGCGAGCCGGAGGUGUUGGCGAUGGCCGGGGAUGAUGCAGAGAGGUUCGAUACGACUGUCCGUGAGUCUAUGGGGGGAAGACGGCCGGGGUUUACGAGCGAGAUCGCCGGGACGAUUGAUAUGCUAUGCUCGGAGGAGAGUGGGUGGACGACGGGAAGUGUCAUUUGUGCGAAUGGAGGGAUGAAGAUGUCUAUUGCCUAG